CCAAGUGGUGGGUUAUUUGAGUGAUUUUCCCCUCAGCCUUUCAAGUUUCAUCCGAAUCUGUGCUUCCUACCUCAGCAUCAGCAGCUUCGUUGCUCUCACUUAUCUGACUCUCUGCGCUCCUUAGGGUUUCAUUGAGUUUUCCCGGCGUAUCUUCCACUUCUUCUUCCUUCCUCGUUAGGGUUUCUGUGUCAAAGAUCGAGUCGCUGCUCUGAUUUUGGGAACUCGGUGGAAGCAAAUGGAGGGAAGAAGGAUUACAGCAAGCCCUAGACCCUGCAGCGGAAGAAAGGUUGUUGCCAAGAAGAGGUCUCGCCCCGAUGGCUUCGUCAACAGCGUCAAAAAGCUCCAACGCCAAGAAAUCUCUUUCCCCAAGGACCGAACUUUCUCCAUUAGCACCGCCCAGGAGAGGUUCCGCAACCUGCGCCUCGUCGAGCAAUAUGAUCCAAAGGGGCACUGUUUAGUCGCGCUACCCUUUUUAAUGAAAAGAAGUAAGGUUAUCGAGAUAGUUGCCGCGCGUGACAUUGUCUUUGCUCUUGCCCAUUCUGGCGUUUGCGCAGCGUUCAGCAGAGUUUUUCCUUCUUUGUGGGACUAGAAUGGAGAAAUAUGAGAAGAAAAGACAAACAAAAAGGGACAGGAGGAAGAGAGAGGCGAAGAUGCAAUUACAUGAACACCGCUACCUACCUAAUCCCCUCUCUCUAUCUUCUCCCUCUUUUUGUUUAAUAAAAAAGAGCAUCAAACUUAUGAGUGUAGAGAUCCAACCACUACAAUUCUAGUGCAAAGCGCCAUUCUUUGUCCGUCCAUUUAGCUGUGUAACGAGAAUCAUCUCCAACCCACUUCAUGCCAAACGCAUUACUGUUUUUCCAACAUCAAAGCCAACCAGGAGAGAGUCAUCCGAGGUCGUGCUUUUGAGUUUGAGAGUUUCUUUUCUUUCGCAUUCUAUUUAACCGUGAAAACCCAGAAGAAGGAUAUGUGUCAUCCCCAUGGCGGAAUCCGGCGAGGUCAACGGCGGAAUUCAGACUCCAACUUCCGUGAGAAGCACUUCAAGUGGUGAGAAAGCGUAUGGCCUCGGAGAUCAACAACCCCGACUGCGACCACUCUUCCAGGAUUCACCGCCGGACUUCCCAUCUCCCUGAACCCAACACCAGCAUCAUGUCUUCGAAUACUCAGCCCCCGCUGUCGGUUUGCGGCUUCUCGGGUCUUCCUUUGUUCCCGUCGGCCAUGGAUCCAGACGCUUCGGCCACCGCGUGGAUCGACGCAGUCAUCAGAGACCUUAUCCACACCUCCACCACCGUCUCUAUCCCUCAGCUCAUCCAAAAUGUCAGAGACAUCAUCUUCCCUUGUAAUCCCAAUCUCGGCGCUCUUCUUGAGUACAGGCUCUGCUCUCUCAUGCUCCUCGACCCUCCCGAACCUCCGCCGCCGCAGCCUCUUGAUCACCCCUCCUCCUAUACUCACCUCCAUCAGAUCUCCGUCAAUCCUCCCCCCUCGCAACCUCAGCCUCAGCAAGAGAAGCAAACACUUGAAGAACGAGAGAACUCUUCCUCUGAUGCAGCCGAGGCAGUGAGCAGCACACCGUCCACGACGGCCGCGGUUGUUGCUGCCAUGAGAGAGAAGAAGGAAGACAUGAAGAGAUGUAAACAAGACGAGGAAGGGUUGCAUCUCCUCACUUUGCUGCUGCAGUGCGCGGAGGCAGUCUCCGCUGAUAAUCUAGAGGAAGCCAACAAGCUCUUGCUUGAGAUCUCACAGCUCUCCACUCCCUACGGCACCUCCGCUCAGAGAGUAGCUGCUUACUUCUCGGAAGCCAUGUCGGCAAGGAUGCUCAACUCAUGCCUGGGGACUUACGCGGCGUUGCCUUCUCACAGUCUGAAGAUGGUUUCAGCCUUCCAGGUUUUCAACGGCAUUAGCCCACUCGUAAAGUUCUCCCAUUUCACGGCCAAUCAGGCGAUUCAGGAGGCGUUCGAGAGUGAGAAGAGUGUGCACAUCAUCGACUUGGACAUCAUGCAAGGACUCCAGUGGCCGGGUCUUUUCCACAUCCUGGCUUCUCGACCUGGAGGCCCACCUCACGUUCGCCUCACGGGGCUUGGUACCUCCAUGGAAGCUCUCCAGGCCACUAGGAAGCGUCUCUCCGAUUUUGCCGAGAAGCUCGGUCUUCCCUUCGAGUUCUGCCCGCUUGCUGAGAAAGUCGGCAACUUGGACCCCGAGGGACUCAAUAUAAGCAAGAGGGAGGCUGUAGCUGUCCAUUGGCUUCAGCAUUCUCUUUAUGAUGUCACUGGUUCUGAUACCCACACGCUCUGGCUGCUACAAAGAUUGGCGCCUAAAGUGGUAACGAUAGUGGAACAAGACAUGAGCCAGGCAGGAUCUUUCUUGGGAAGGUUUGUGGAGGCGAUACACUACUACUCGGCGCUGUUCGACUCACUGGGAGCGAGCUAUGGAGAGGAGAGCGAGCAGAGGCAUGUGGUGGAGCAGCAUCUGCUGUCGAAAGAGAUACGCAACAUACUGGCAGUAGGAGGGCCGUGUAGGAGUGGGGAGGUUAAAUUCCAGAGUUGGAGGGAGAAGCUUCAGCAGUGCGGCUUCAAAGGCAUCUCUUUGUCGGGCAAGGCAGCCACUCAGGCCACUCUUCUCUUGGGGAUGUUCCCUUCCGAUGGUUACACUUUGGUCGAUGACAACGGCACUCUCAAGCUCGGUUGGAAGGACCUUUCCUUGCUCACCGCCUCCGCCUGGACACCUCCUUUCUCUCCUCUUUGUUGACAUAUUUUCUUCUCACAACCUGCUUCUGCAUCCUCUUUUUUAAUUAUAGUCGAGAUCUUUGUUACCUUGUUCAUUUGCUUCUCUGUGUAUUUAUAAAGGCCAAACGACGAGAAUUAGUAUAAAGACGAAUUGGAGGCUAGUUCUCCAUACUUUGUAAACAUUUCAAAACCUUUUCUUUA